CUAGAUCCCGAGUGCGAUCGCGGGUCAUGAAUGAUGGUGUGCCGCCUGUGCGGUGCUCUGCCACUCCUGCUAUGUAUACCUGGCACUCCAGCACUUCACUUGCACUUCUAUUAGACAUGUAGUUGUUCGUCUUGAAAAAAACGAGCUUAAUAAAGGUUAAAAAAAGAAAACAAAAGCACCAUGGCGAACGAACCGGCGAGCCUGUUUUUCAAACUCUACUGCCUGUCCGUGAUGACGCUGGUGGCUGCCACCUACACAGUAGCUUUGCGCUACACACGCACCGUGUCUUCAGACCUGUAUUUCUCCACAACGGCCGUGUGUGUCACCGAGGUCAUCAAGCUGGGCUUAAGCCUGGGGAUGCUGGCUAAGGAAUCCGGGAGCUUGAGUAAGCUGAGGAUGUCCAUCGUGCAGCACGUGUUCCGCAGUCCCAAAGAGCUUCUGCAGCUAAGCGUGCCCUCGGUGGUGUACGCCAUCCAAAACAACAUGGCCUUCGUGGCCCUGAGUAACCUGGAUGCGGCCGUGUACCAGGUGACUUAUCAGCUUAAGAUUCCCUGCACUGCACUGUGUACGGUCCUCAUGCUGAACCGCUCCCUCAGCCGGCUGCAGUGGUUCUCCGUCUUCCUGCUUUGCGGGGGGGUCACCCUCGUGCAGUGGAAACCUGCUGAAGCCACCAAAGUGCAGGUUGAGCAGAACCCCUGGCUGGGCUUCUUGGCCAUCGCGGUAGCUGUGCUGUGUUCUGGUUUUGCAGGAGUCUACUUCGAGAAGGUGCUGAAAAGCUCAGACACGUCCCUCUGGGUGAGAAACAUCCAGAUGUAUCUUUCGGGGAUCAUCAUCACGCUGGUGGGCGUCUUCGUCUCGGACGGCAGCGAGGUGCUGCGAAAGGGCUUUUUUUAUGGCUACACGCCCUGGGUUUGCUUCGUCAUCCUGUUGGCCAGCAUGGGCGGCCUCUACACAUCGGUCGUGGUGAAGUACACGGACAACAUCAUGAAGGGCUUCUCCGCUGCCGCCGCCAUCGUCUUGUCCACCGUGGCUUCAGUCCUCCUCUUCGGGUUACAGAUCACCGCCGCCUUCGCCAGCGGCGCCGUACUCGUCUGCAUCUCCAUCUACCUGUACGGCCUGCCGAAACAGGACACCAGCAAGCUGGCCCGGCCCGAGCAGGACCGCGAGGCCACACAGAAGCUGCUGGCCGUGUGAGCUCGGAGCCUCUGCCCGCAACCCUGGUGCUAGAUAGGAGCAAGAGGGGCUCAGCAUAGGAACCUUUUGAAGGAGCGUGAAGUGAAAUGGACAAACCUUUAUUCACGGGACUUCCAGAUGUUUUUUUUUUUUUUUUUAAAUUCAUCUCUCAGCAGUGUUAAUUUUAUGUGGUUUGCCUGAGGGAUGAUUUAGGUUUUGUAAUCGGGGGAGACGGUCGAGCAUCCCUUGGCUGCCGGAAGUUUCGUGACUCUCAGUUGAGUUUGGGAAGGACGCGUGGAUUUCAUGGUGAACAGUCCUGCAUGGAAGUGUGUCCGCAUCGAGCUCAGAGCGGAUGUUCUGAAUCACAAAAGGACACAUCUGCUCUCCGUGCGGUUUUGGGGAUUUCGUGAUGCUACAUUAAUUACGUGUAAAUUGUUACUUUAACAUUAUCUUUGCCAGCGGAAUCACUGAAGAAGUGGGAGCAUGUGGGACAUGAAUGUUGUACAGCAGCUGGCUGAUCAUCGUAAUGAAUUGUGCCUAUUUGACGAACAAUCUGCCAUUAUCCAAUAAAGUAUAAUAUGGUGUUA